GACUAGUUGGUUCUUAUUGAACUAUGGGGAGGAAGUCUCUGUCAUUGGUCCUGAUUCUGAACUACAUGUCAAACUGCAUUCCUGAGCUCAUCAACAUUUUCUCCUUCUGAAACAACAAGGAAUUCAGUUGUGACACACAGUUCCUCUCGUGUAGGGGUGUGAUUAAUUGAAAAAAGAGAGGAGGAGCAGCUGUGUUGAGGUGGUCCAGGUGAGGCAGUCCAACCAGGAAACCAAGACGUGAAGGACCGAGUUCAGACUCCAAAUGACAGGCAGCUGAGAGAAGAGGAAGCAGAGAGGCAACAUGGAGAAGGUCACAGAGUUCCUCUGCUGCUAUAAAAACUACAACUUCAUUGCUGGUUUGACGACCGCAGAGCACAUCGAUUCCCUCCAGUCCUUUGAAGUUCGAGACAGUGACAUCUUCCUUGUCACUUAUCCGAAGUCAGGAACCAUCUGGACUCAACAGAUCAUCAUCUCCAUCUGCGAGCUGGCUGGAGGACUGAAUGAAUAUUCAAACAACAGGAAGCAGAUGCCCUGGCUGGAGUACCCAGUGGGUCAAGAUUUUUCCAACAGACUGUCUCCUCGACUCUUUACCAGCCACCUCACUCCGGCUCUUUUACCUCCAGGACUGAAGAAAAAGAAGGCAAAGAUCAUCUAUGUGAUGCGGAAUCCAAAAGACAGCUUUGUCUCCUAUUAUCACUUCAGCAGUGAAUGUUCACACCUGGAGACUGCAUCGAGCGUCGAGCAUUUUUUCCAGCAGUACCUGAAGGGAAACGUUUUAGCAUCAUCCUGGUUUGACCAUGUCAGGGCCUGGCAUUCCCUCAAAGACCAGUACAACAUCCUCUUCCUCAGCUAUGAGUACAUGAUUCUGGACCUGAAAGGAGCAGUGAAAAAGGUCUGCAGCUUCUUGGGGAAAAACCUGAGUGAAGCUGCCGUCGAGCAAGUUGUUGAAAAGGCUACGUUCAAGAACAUGAAGAAAGACCCAAAGGCAAACCAUGAGCUUUUCCCACAAGUACAGGGUCAAGGAACCUUCAUGCGCAAAGGUCAAAUCGGUGACUGGAAGAACUUGCUCACUGCUGAACAGAGCCAAGAGGUGGAUCAACUCCUUCAUGAGAAACUGGGUGACUUGUCUCUGAAGUUCAUCUGGGAAUAAAGAGUCGCCACAGCAGCUUUAAGGGACGAUGUCUGACUGAAGUCAUGUCUCUGUGAUGUUCACUCACUUUGGCACCAAUCUGGCUUUCUGAGAUUUGGCUCUUCUUUUAGUUUUGUAGUUGCAGCAAACAAGAUUUGAUCAUGGCUAUUUUUAAGGGAAAAUGGAAAACGUGUGCUUGCUUUUUGGGUGGUGGAGCUACUAAAGAGGAGAGAUGGUUAACUGAAAGUAAAUGACAGAAACAAGCGGCUGUGACUGUGACAGGUGGUACAGUGGGUCAUCUCUCCAUCAGGAGGUGACAGGUUUGAUCCCUACUUCCCUCUGCCCACAUGUCAACUGCUGACAGUGCUAAAGCUAAACCAGUGUGAUAGAAGUAAAUGCUCAAGAUCAUGUUAGAAGAUGCAUGCUUUAAAAUUUGUGACCCUUUAAAUUCAAAAUCCAAAAAUUGUUGGCUUUCAUACGACAAAUGUGUAGAAGAUGAGACAUUUAAUUACAUCUUUAUGUCCAGCAGGAAAACACAAGUUAAUAAAGAUGCUGUGAACAAA